UCCACACUUAACAUUCAAGCGUUAACAAUUUAGUUGCUUCACAAAAACUACAAACACAUUCGGCAAGUUCAAGUCAAACUAGAAACGCAAAAUCUGCUUUAGGGAAUUAACUAGUUGGGCAUAAUGUCUCAGUUGCAUCGGCAGAGUGAGUUCCCACCGGAGCGCCAAUCGAAAAUGAAAAGGUCGGAGCUGACUGAUGAGCAAAUAGCCGAGUACAAGGAGGCCUUCGCCUUGUUCGAUAAGGCGGGCGAGGGCACAAUUAAUAGCACAGAGCUGGGCACGCUUAUGAAGUCGCUGGGCCAGAAUCCCACCGAAGCUGAGCUCAAGGAUCUGGUUAACGAAGUGGAUGUAAAUGGCGAUGGCCUGAUUGACUUCAGUGAGUUCUGCACGCUGAUGAACAAGCACAGCAGCGAAGGUGACAGCGAUGAGGAGCUGCGCGAAGCAUUCAAGAUCUUUGACAAGGACGAGGACGGCUUUAUAUCGCCCGCCGAGCUGCGCUUUGUCAUGGUCAAUCUGGGCGAGAAGCUAACCGACGAAGAGAUCGACGACAUGAUACGUGAAGCAGACUUCGAUGGCGAUGGCCUUAUUAACUAUGAUGAGUUUGUCUAUAUGAUCACCCAGCGAUAAGCCAGAGAGGCAGAGCAAAUUUCAAAACAAACAUAACUUGCAGUUGCAAUAGUUCAAAUUAAAGUUUUAACAGUUCAAGUGGUUCUGCACAUUUCUGUGGCUACUUCCAUUAACAAA